ACCCAGCCUUGUGCGAAGUUUUGACCAAUCGGCCGUGCGACUCCUUGCACAAAUUUUAACCGACAGGAACCGUUUGUUGUUAUGUUGAUGAUUCAGAGGGAAACCAAAUCAAAUAUUUUGUCUUUUAUUAAGAUCGUAUUUUGGAUUUCUGUCUCAGAAAACUUACAACUAAACUUCCCAAGGUUAUACAAUCAUUUACGUUGUCUGUUUUCACGUUAAUCGGUUAAAAAGCUGGUUUAACGGAAACGAACAGGUGUUUCCACUUUUGGGUCAGUUUAAACGGCCAGCAUGCCGUCCCGAGUAGAGGACUACGACGUGUUGUACACGAUAGGCUCGGGUUCUUAUGGAAAAUGUCAGAAAAUAAAGCGGAAGUCUGACGGAAAAGUUCUGGUGUGGAAGGAACUGGACUAUGGCACCAUGGAGGAGAGCGAGAAGCAGAUGCUGGUGUCGGAGGUGAACCUCCUGCGAGAGCUCAAGCACCCAAACAUAGUCAGAUAUUAUGACCGCAUAAUCGAUCGCACAAACACCAGGCUGUACAUAGUCAUGGAGUACUGCGAGGGUGGAGAUCUGUCCAGCCUCAUCAACCGCUGUAUCAAAGAGAGGCGUUACCUGGAGGAGACGUUCAUCCUGCGUGUCAUGACCCAGCUCACGUUUGCCUUGAAAGAAUGUCACAGACGCAGCGACGGCCGGGCCACGGUUCUCCACCGAGACCUGAAGCCGGCCAACAUAUUCCUGGAUGGCAAACAAAACAUAAAGCUUGGUGACUUUGGCCUGGCCAGGAUCCUGAAUCACGACACUAGUUUUGCUAAGACGUUUGUUGGGACUCCUUACUACAUGUCUCCUGAGCAAAUGAACCAGUUAUCAUACAAUGAGAAGUCGGACAUAUGGUCACUGGGAUGUUUGCUGUAUGAACUGUGUGCAUUAACUCCUCCCUUCACUGCCUACAACCAGAAGGAUCUGGCUGAGAGGAUCAGACAAGGAAAGUUCCGGAGAAUCCCCUACAGAUACUCUGAGAAACUCAGCAGCUUGAUAAGCAAAAUGCUCAACCUAAAGGACUAUCUGAGGCCCUCUGUGGAGUCCAUCCUCCAGAGCAGCCUGUUGGCCAGCGCCGUGGCCGAGGAGCAGAGCAGAACAGAAGUGCGGCUCCGGAAGAGAUCAGUGGACUCGGACUGCCCGCUUCAGAAGCCGGCUGAACCGGCUCAGGCACCGACCUCCGCCGCUGAGCUCAAGAUGAAGGAGCAGGCGCUGAGGGAUAGAGAGAAGUCUCUGAAAGAGCGGGAGGAGAGGCUGGAGCAGAGAGAACAGGAGCUGUGUGCUCGUGAACGACUGUCCCACGAGAGGCUCGCACGGGCUGAGACUUUGCUGAAGAAUAUAAACCGUCUACAGAGAGAGCAGGCACCACUGUUUGGCAAAGACAUAGACGUUGACAACCUCUCUCCUGGCAAGAAGAAGGUCCACUUUGCAGGCGACAGCAAGGAGAACCAGAGGUUCGACAGGUCCAAAGAGCUGAUCCUCAGGAGGCUGCAGGCGGCCAACCUUCGUGCUCAGACGCUGAGUGAAGUGGAGGCAGCCUGUCAGAUGAAGAGCAGACAGAUCCUGGGCAUCCGCUGACCUCAUGAAGGUCACUGCCUAUGGUGUGGAUGUCAAUAAAAUGAAUGUAUGUGAGAAUAGGUGUGUUUUGUUUCUAGAGGCAGCUAUUGAGAUUGUUUGGUUUUUGUGAGUCUAUAUAUAAUAUAUAAUAAUAUAUAUAUGGUUGGACUUAAAUAAAAUAAAAAACAACCUUUAGGAAAAACAUUGAAGUGCUACAUAAUGACAGAAUGUGAAUUAGAUUUUCUAGAGCUGUACAUUUCACCAGGGUUAAAUUGUUUUUAAUGUCACUGGAUAAUGUAUCAUUUAAAUGUCAUGUACCAGCAAGAUAGCUUUAGUUAUUUCUGUCCUAUGUGAACAUUUUUCAAAACCUGCAGAUUAAGGAUCUAAUCCAAUAAAGGCAGACAUCUUAAAAAAAAGCCCUGGUGAUGCCACGGUCUGGGUUUCCUCCACACACUGUCUCUCUUUUAUUGUGUCCAGUUCACUUGUAACAAAACUCUCCACAACAUUAGCUCUGUGUUCUCGCCUUAAGACCCAUCUCCUGGUCACACAUCAAAGCAGGUUCGCAAAUGUUUUUCU